UUUCUUUCGUGCGCCGAAUGAGCGAAAACGAAUAUCCCGCAAACGAUCGCAGCAGCAGUAGCGAUAGGAAAAAAACGUGAAUUUUUCUGCGGAACGGAUUCGAAUAGCCUUCGAGAAUACGGUUCCGAGCGCGGCUAUCAUGGCCCACAACUACAUUGUGACCGCCCAGAAACCGACGGCGGUCACGGCUUGCGUAACCGGUAAUUUUACAUCGACUACGGAUCUAAACUUGAUUGUAGCCAAGAGCUCCCGGUUGGAAAUUUAUCUCGUUACACCGGAAGGUCUGAGACCAAUCAAGGAAGUGGGCAUCAAUGGGCGGAUUGCGGUCAUGAAAUUGUUCCGGCCAGCGGAUGCACAGAAGGAUCUCAUAUUCAUUCUCACUCAUCGGUACAAUGCCAUGAUUUUGGAAUGUAACGUGCAAGGCGAUGACAUCGACAUCGUGACCAAGGCCCACGGCAACGUGGCAGAUCGGGUGGGAAAACCAGCGGAGACCGGUAUUCUAGCGGUGAUUGAUCCGAAAGCCCGGGUUAUCGGGAUGCGCCUGUACGAGGGUUUGUUCAAAAUCAUACCGUUGGACAAAGAUACCCACGAGCUGAAGGCCACCAGCUUGCGUAUGGAAGAGAUGCACGUACAGGAUGUGGAAUUCCUGUACGGAACGCAACAUCCAACGCUGAUUUUGAUCCAUCAGGAUUUGAACGGGCGGCACAUAAAGACACACGAAAUUAACCUGAAGGACAAGGACUUUACCAAGAUUGCCUGGAAGCAGGACAACGUCGAAACGGAAGCGACUAUGCUGAUCCCGGUGCCGACACCGCUGGGCGGAGCGCUGGUCAUAGGACAGGAAUCAGUUGUUUAUCAUGACGGGGACAGUUAUGUGGCAGUUGCACCAGCCAUCAUUAAGCAAAGCACAAUCAACUGCUACGCUCGAGUUGAUAGCAAGGGUUUGCGAUAUCUGUUGGGUAACAUGAUUGGGCAUCUGUUUAUGAUGUUUCUAGAAACGGAAGAAAACUCAAAGGGACAAUUAAGCGUAAAGGAUAUCAAGGUGGAGUUGCUUGGAGAAAUAACCAUCCCGGAAUGCAUUACUUACCUGGACAAUGGAGUUUUGUUCAUUGGAUCUCGCCAUGGUGAUUCGCAGUUGAUUAAACUGAACACUACAGCCGGGGACAAUGGAACAUACGUGACGGUGAUGGAAACUUUUACUAAUUUGGCACCGAUCAUCGAUAUGUGCAUUGUGGAUUUGGAACGUCAAGGCCAAGGGCAAAUGAUAACCUGCUCCGGCAGCUACAAAGAAGGUUCGCUCCGUAUUAUCCGUAACGGUAUCGGGAUCCAGGAACAUGCUUGUAUUGAUUUGCCCGGAAUCAAAGGUAUGUGGGCGCUGCGAGUCGGUAUCGACGAUAGUCCUUACGAUAACACGUUGGUGCUCUCCUUUGUCGGGCAUACCCGUAUUUUAACGCUUUCCGGAGAAGAUGUAGAGGAAACUGAAAUUCCCGGGUUUUUGAGCGAUCAGCAAACAUUUUACUGUGCCAAUGUAGAUUUUGGUCAAAUCAUUCAAGUUACGCCCAUUACGGCCCGUUUGAUCCAGUGUGACAACAAAUCGAUGGUUUGCGAAUGGAAGCCUCCAGAUGAUAAGCGUAUUGGUGUCGUUGCAUGCAAUUCUUGUCAGCUGGUUUGUGCUACUGCUCGCGACGUUUACUACAUUGAAAUUGAAGCUGGGAAGUUGGUCCAUAAAAGCACCGUAACACUGGAGUACGAAGUGGCCUGUUUGGAUGUUUCCCCUCUGGAGGAGAAUGCCACAAGAUCCGAACUAGUGGCCGUUGGUUUGUGGACGGAUAUAUCGGCUUGCAUUUUGCGUUUGCCCAAUUUGGAAGUGGUUCAUACUGAGAAGUUAGGAGGAGAAAUAAUCCCUCGUUCAAUAUUGAUGGCCUGUUUUGAAGGCAUCGUUUAUUUGCUAUGUGCCCUGGGAGAUGGUUCAAUGUUCUAUUUCGUACUUGAUAAAACUACAAAUAAGUUAACAGAUCAGAAAAAAGUCACCUUAGGUACACAACCAACAAUUCUAAAAACUUUCCGUUCUCUUUCGACGACGAAUGUUUUUGCUUGCUCUGAUAGACCGACAGUUAUCUAUAGUUCGAAUCACAAACUUGUGUUUUCGAAUGUUAAUUUGAAAGAAGUCAAUCACAUGUGUUCCUUGAAUGCCGAAGCGUACCAAGAUAGUUUGGCAUUAGCAACGAAAAAUUCAGUAAUUCUUGGAACCAUUGAUGAAAUACAAAAACUACAUAUUCGAACUGUACCGCUGGGUGAGUCCCCACGAAGAAUAGCUUACCAAGAAACGUCGCAGACUUUUGGAGUCAUCACCGUUCGGAUGGACAUUCAAGAUUCGAGUGGGCUUACACCAUCCCGCCAAAGUGCGUCUACUCAAACAUCCAACAUUACAUCGUCCAGCAGUUUGAGUUUGCUGAAGCCAGGGGCCAGCAAUACCAACACCGAAUUCGGCCAAGAAGUAGAAGUUCACAAUUUGCUCAUCAUCGACCAGAACACGUUCGAGGUUCUUCACGCGCAUCAGUUCAUGCAGACCGAGUACGCCAUGUCUCUCAUGUCGGCAAAACUUGGCAAUGAUCCGGCAACUUACUACAUCGUCGGAACAGCGUUAGUAAAUCCGGAAGAAGCAGAACCGAAGGUUGGCCGAAUUAUAAUCUACCACUAUGCAGAUGGCUCGCUCACACAGGUCAGCGAGAAAGAAAUCAAAGGAGCUUGCUACUCUUUGGUCGAAUUCAAUGGACGCGUUCUGGCCAGCAUCAACUCUACUGUGCGCCUGUAUGAAUGGACCGACGAUAAAGAUUUGCGUCUGGAAUGCAGUCACUUUAACAAUGUGCUGGCACUGUACUGCAAAACUAAAGGGGACUUCAUCUUGGUGGGUGAUUUGAUGAGAUCGAUAACGCUUCUUCAGUACAAACAGAUGGAAGGUAGUUUUGAGGAGAUUGCCCGUGAUUACCAACCGAAUUGGAUGACAGCGGUAGAAAUUCUGGAUGAUGAUGCCUUCCUUGGGGCUGAUAAUAGUAAUAACUUAUUCGUCUGUCUAAAAGAUGGCGCUGCUACAACCGAUGAUGAACGACAACAAAUGCCAGAGGUUGCUCAAUUCCAUCUGGGUGAUAUGGUGAAUGUGUUUCGACAUGGCUCACUAGUAAUGCAAAAUAUCGGUGAACGCACUACGCCGACCAGUGGCUGCGUGCUGUUCGGUACCGUUAGCGGAGCUAUUGGUCUAGUGACCCAGAUUCCUCCGGACUAUUACGAAUUUCUGCGAAAGCUGCAGGAACAUUUGACCGAAACCAUCAAGUCGGUUGGUCGAAUCGAUCAUUCUUAUUGGCGCAGUUUCCACACGGAAAUGAAAACCGAACGGUGCGAAGGCUUCAUCGACGGUGAUCUGGUGGAAAGUUUCCUGGACCUCAGUCGCGAAAAGAUGCAAGGAGCGGCUUACGGUUUGAAAAUUGAUGUUGAAGGUGCGAAGAAAGACGCCACUGUCGAUGACAUCAUAAAAAUCGUCGAAGACCUUACCAGAAUACAUUAGGUGUUUUGGCUGCUCCGGUAUUCGCAAAGUGUGAGCAAUUUCACAUUCUAUUUUCAUCAUGAUCCAACUUGGCUGGUUUCUUCUUUUGUAAAGGUAAUUCAACAACUGCAGAGUACAUACAAACAGACAUCGUUCGAAAAUUGAGGCAGGUAUGUUUAAAGUGAAAAACAACUCAAUAAAAUAACGCAGAUUAUUUCCAGUUCGUGAGAUAAUAAUAAAGCACUGUCAGUGUUAGUAAACGUAUGGUUUACUAUUUCAGGUUAAA